ACUUGACUGAUACAUCUAUGAUAUGCUACAGAUACACUGUAUCAAUGCGUCUUGACUUCAGCAAGCAACUGCUUCGAGAACGACAGCAGAUGGCCAGCCGACCUUUUGCGUCUGUUGAUGUAGCGCUGGAAGUGGGAGCUGAACACACAGACUUUCUGCGAGGGGCAUUAGAGGGAGCACCCAAACCAAUAGCCAUUGAACCCUGUGCUGGGAACAGAGCUGCAGUUCUGACGGUGUUUCUCUGUCUACCACGAGGGCCAUCAGGUGCCCCUCCCCCUGGGCAGUCAGGUAUUGCGAUUGCCAGUGCCCUAAUAGAUAUUUCACAGCAGAAGCCUUCAGAUAGUAAAGACAAAACUUCAGGAGUCCGAAAUCGAAAACACCACCUCUCAACGCGUCAAGGAACUUGUGUCUGAGAAAUAGAAACUGCUUCUGUAGGUUCUGUCAUAUUUGACUCUGUAAAUGGCUUCCAUUAAAGGCUGGUCCAAGGCCUCAGUUUUCACGGAGACAAAUCUCUGUAUGGUCCCAGGGCCCAAACACAAUUCCCUCUGAAAGGGAAUGACCCAAGUGGCCAAAGAAUGUUCCUGAGUUUUAUAAAAUUAAUAGUAUUGAUGGUCACAGUUGAUAAAGUUAGUUUUUACAGCUAUCUUAGGCUUAUCAUAGAUAACAUUAAAGUACUCUGGAAAAAAAAGAUGUAUAUUGUUUCUUAAUGCAGAUGAAAAAUAUGUAAUUCAUAUGAACCAAACUGUUUAUAUCCCAGGGCUUUAAAGAAAGACAUUUUAUAAUGCCUGAGUGAUGAGAAUUGUACAGUUUUUGCCUCCUAAGCAAACUUAUGUCACUUGUAUAUGAACAGGAAAUGAACAAACUGCAGUGGCUUUAAAUACUAUUUUAUCUCCUUGUAAAUGUAAAAGCAAGAUUUUGAUUUAGUAGGAUGUAGGUAAAUGUAUUUAAAUAUUUCACAGGACCGUAUCAUGUCCAAACUCAGUUUUCAAAUGUGAUUCUUUCCCACCUAACUGGACUGCAGACCAAGAUGAAUCCAUUUGGCUAGAUGGCAUUGUGCAACUUCACAGGAGGUUUAUUAGAAUUCUGAGUGACGAGGACAUUGCUGUCGUCCAUGCCAACUGCCUAACUCAUUAUCAGAGCUGAUAGAGCAUGGAAAAGCCUGUCCAGCAAUCAAUUUUUCCCCUCCUUCCCAAACCAGCCUCCAAUGCCACAAACCUGAAGAGAGCUGAAAUAGUUAUUUUACAGUAUGCAAGCUUCUGCUCUAAUAUGGUAAUUUUUUUAAUUGCCUCAGAAUCAUUGGAUCAGACCUCAAUGAUCCAUCUGCAUUUUUAUAAGAACGGAUCACGUUCUUUUGGCCCUUCUCUCCUAGCUGCUAGAUUUUAUCUACCUUUUACAAACGCUGUGAAAAGCAUCUUAGAGUCAAAACCCCCUCCAAGUCAUAAUAUGACCCAGGUUUCUUCCUGCCAACUGUUUCACUUAGAACACAAGUAGAGAAGAGCAUUUGCUGGCAAGCAUAUACAGUAUUUCUAUUUCUAACACAAAGCACAUUGGUGUCAUGAAAGUCUCCAAUUUGAGAAAUAAAGUAAGUUUGUCACUGCCCGCAUUCAGCAUAUUCUUAAUGAUUCAGACAUCUUAAUGAUGGCAGAAAGGGAAGAUGGUUUAAGACAGCUUUCACAUUGGAAUGUAGAAUCAUGUGUGUCCUAAUUUUUGACAACCGUCCACUGGAACUCAGUAGAUGAACAGAGCUUGUUUGGAACAGCAAUUUCUUAACUUCAAGGUGACUACAGAAUAUAUGAAGAGAGCAGUGACAAGAGACACAUCCAAAGCUGCUCUGUGCAAUAUAGUUUUGUUCAGGAUGAAAGUCAUUUAAAUAUAAUUGAUGUUUAGUACUCUCUAUGUACUUAUCACAUUCUUUGGAUUUCUGGAAGAUAAUGACACUUUACUGUUUACAGCUAAUGCAUAGUUACUUGCAUGCUAUGGUUGUGCAGUAGUGGAAUAUGACCCUCUUGUGAUAUUAAAUGUUUAUUUCACAAUGCCACUUUUACAUAGCCAGCUUAAUUUGAUGAGGAUCGAAUGUGAUGUAUAGCAGGAAUGAUCGUAAAUAUGUUGUUGCAUCAUGUAUAAGAUUGCUAGGUUGCAUCUAACCAUGACUAUGUCAUUGUUUUGAUGAUUAGGCAUUUAUGAAUUAUAGUAUACAUUCAUUAUGUUGGCAUGAUAAUUUUGCUAUUUUCCAUUCGUUAAAAGUCAGACUAAUUCUUAGACCAGUUUAAUCUAUAGCCUAUGGGGUUCUGGUGGGGAUAGGAAGUGGAGCUGUUUGUUUUUAACCUCCCUCUGAAAUUUUCUUUCAAAAAAAAAGAAAGAAAUUGAGCAAAGUUUGUAAAUGUCUCCUGAAAACAAUCAAGCAAUUUUUAUUAGCUUUUUGGGGAGCCCUUUAAAUGUUGAUUUUUCUCUCCUGGAAAAAUAGAUUGACAAAACCGAUGAAUACAAAAGUAGAAUCAUGUAAAAAUAAAAUGAUUGCCCAGUUUGCUUAAUACUCUGUAACAGUUAUCAUGAAAGCACAUAUAACAAAAAGACAGAAAUAUACAGAGUUGAAUGUAAAAUCUAUUUCAGCUGUAUUUUUAGAGAGGCUGAACAAAUGGAAUUACUGUGAAAGAAUUGUCAAGCCUCAUUCAUAUCAAAUCUCAUAGAGUUCUUAAAAUUGGUAAAUUUGAAUUUUAGACAAUUAUGGGACAUAAUGCAAUGUUAAGUUAAAGUCAUGUACUCUGUGUUUCUGGGCUAAAUAUGGCUAACUCUGUGACUAAAUUAUGCAAUAUCUUCUCAAUUUUCCAAAGCUUUUUACUGGCAAGAAAAUACUUCACCCUAUGUGAAGUAGAUUGAAAAGACCUUGGGGAUAAUUGCUUUGAAUCUGUAUGAUUUUCUUUUCCCCCCACAUCCCAAACACUUUUAAUCUGGAAGCUUCCUUAAAAAAAAAAAAAAAAGAAACCACAAGUAUACACAGAUACUGUUCAAGAAGUUAGGCAUUAAAUGACUGAUUCUCUUGAAAACUUACCUUAAUGAAACUCUAUACAUUUCAGUUUAGAAUGACUUUGAAAAAUUCUUUAACUUUUAGGAUUUCUUACUCCACCCAAGAUGAAAAGCUUUGGUUAAAUAGAAUGAAAAGUUUUGGUUAAAAAAAAAAUUUUUAUCAUUUUAAUAGUGGACAAUUAGAGAUUUCUUGUUGAAGAGGAUGCACAUGCUCACAGAUCAAUUUAAUACAUUUGAAGAGGACUGAGAUUUUCAUAAUUGCUUUUAAGUGAAAAUUUAUUUAGUGAGACACAUAGAAGGAAAAUAUAUGCCAUAUACUAUGGUGUUAUGUUCAGUAGGAAAACUACAAAUAGAAUAUAUUUCAACCUGUAAUCGAUCCUUACUGUGCUUCCCAAUAUCUCAUUUUCUUUGGGUUACAGUAAGACAGCAGUGACUGCAUAGCUUUGUGCUGCUGCGGGGUCACUUAGAGUGCAGACUGGUGGUUGGGCCCAAGGACAGAUGUUGCAACCAGCUUUGAGCUGUGUGGUGCUGGCAAGUUUUACCCUUUCAAAGCCUCAUACUUACCAUCUGUGUGGGGAAGCUACUGUACUCACCUUGCAGAGCUGCUGUGAAACUAGAAGAUAGUGGACAUAAUAAACACAAAGCUUUCAUGAUGGGCCUUCAGUGCAUAUGUAGCUGGUUUUUAACAACCGUGGGGCCACUGGGCCACUCUUUUUCUACCAAUUGUUUUAUCAAUUCAUCUAUUAAUUUUUCAUUCAUAUUUUCACCAUCUGUAAAAGCCAUGUAGGUUUUUGCAAAUGAAGAUUUCUUAAAAACCUCAAGUCAGUUCCUUAUUUCUAGACUAUAGAGAUUUCUAAAAAAAUCCACUUCGAUAUAUGGGUCCAUAGCAGCUUUGACUCUUUCAAAAUAUAUAGUUUUAGUAAAGCAUUUUUUAAAUGAUUGCUUGGUGACAUUUAGACGGGAACAUCGAUUGUCACUUUCAUGUUCAAAUUUGGCAAGAAGGGAUCGAUCCUUACAUUUGGUUGUCAUACACGAUACUUCUUUGUGGCAUUGAAUAUAAAACUAUGAUUUGAAGAGUGUUCCAUAUAAAAAGUUUUAAAAAAUUAAAACUGAUCAAAUGAAUGAAUUCUACCCGCAUAUACUUUAAAAAAACAAAAAUCAACUUUCCAAAGCCUCUUUGCUAAAAUAGGUGUGAGUUUACUUAGAUGAGUUUGGAACUUGAUCGUGUGAACUGCCUGGGUCAGUGUACAUUCCUACCUUUGCCUGUAGACAUUAAGAUACAGAAGGACUGGAUUGGACCCUGGAGAUUCAUAUGCUUAAUAAGCAAGCACCUCCGUGGUUCUUAGGAUUAGGCAAAUUAAGGAUACAUUGCACUAGGCCAAAGAGCUGCCUUUAUUUACAGUUAGAAUUUCUUUAAAUAAUGAAGUCAUCAUUCUAAGUCAAAAUGCUUUAAAUAAUUUUUCAAGGAAUAUAAGCCAUCUGGUUGGUGUUACAGCAGUGUUUUCAUUAUAGUGUACAUUUAACAUUUUAGUUGUAUCAAAUUUUUUAAAUUAAGAAUUAGAACCAUCUCAGUAUAUAUGUAUACAGGUAUGCAUGCCAGUGUUAAAACAGAUUGUGUAAAAGUUCAAACCUGCUUUAAAAAGCCAACAUUUUAUGAUAUAGUAUGCUAUUCAUCAGGAGUUUAAUUGCUGAAAUAAAAACAUUGAAUCUUCCAA